AAACGAACACCAGAGAGAGACAGAGGAAUAAGAGAAAUAAGAGAGGUUUCUCCGACUUGCAAUCCUUUCUAGCUUCCUCUGCUGCACAGCUUUUUCUCUCUCUCUGUUUUUUUUGCAGCAGAAACCUAUUUAUUUAUAUCGAUACUCAAAGGAGAUUCUUUGUGCAUUUUCGUUCUCGUUGAAGCUUGCUUCGGUUUCGAUCAUUUCCGGCGUAGAAUUUCGUGUUCGAAUUUCUUGUUUUCUGAAACUGGAUAGCUCGGUUUUUGGAGCUGAAAUAGGGACGGAAUCUCACUCAAUUCAGAUCAAAGAUUUCAUUAAUAUCUGUGAUUUGGUGGCCCGAAGUUCGUUCUUCUUUUUCUGAAGUUGUGAGAGAGGAUUUUGAUCCCUGUUUUCAAAGCAUAAAAAGAGUCAGUUUUAUUAGAAAAAAGUGAAUGUCCUCUCCGAUCUAAGGCGGAGGUGCCAUACCUUUUUAAAGAAUCUCAAUUUCUACGGAUCUGAUAAGAAGCAAUUAAUUAGAUAUUUAUUUCAUUACAAAAUAUCUAUCUCCGCUUUGGAUGGAGCUUCCUCAACAACGUCCUUUCGGAACUGAAGGAAGGAAACCAACACACGACUUUCUUUCACUGUACAGUCAUUCCUCAACCGUGCAACAAGAUCCAAGACCACCUUCUCAAGGUGGCUUCCUCCAGACACAUGAUUUUCUACAACCACUAGAACAAGUAAGCAAAGCCACCGCCAGAGAAGAAACCAACGUUGAGAUCUUGACAAUUGAGAAGCCACCGCCUCCGGCACCACCACCCUCGGUGGAGCACACCCUCCCUGGAGGCAUCGGGACGUACAGUAUAAGCCACGUAUCGUAUUUCAACCAACGAGUUCCAAAGCCAGAAAACACAAUAUUCUCCGUAGCUCAAGCUAGUAGUACCGAUAAAAAUGAUGAGAAUUCCAACUGCAGUUCUUAUUCAGCUAGUGGAUUCACACUUUGGGAAGAAUCCACAUUGAAAAAGGGAAAGACAGGGAAGGAGAAUGUGGGAGAAAGAUCCAAUAUUAUCAGAGAAGCGGCAGCGAAGACGGAUCAGUGGACGACGUCAGAGAGGCCGUCACAGUCUUCAUCGAACAACCAUCGCAAUAGUUUCAGCUCUCUUUCUUCCUCACAGCCACCAGGGCUGAAAUGUACCCAGAGCUUCAUAGAAAUGAUAAAGUCAGCCAAAGGUAGUAACUUGGACGAUGAUUUAGACGAUGAAGAAACGUUCCUCCUUAAGAAAGAAACCCCUUCUCCUAUCCAUAAAGGGGAAUUGAGGGUAAAGGUGGACGGAAAGAGCAAUGACCAAAAACCUAACACGCCUCGGUCAAAGCAUUCUGCAACAGAACAACGUAGGAGGAGCAAGAUAAAUGACAGAUUUCAGAUGUUGAGAGCGCUCAUUCCUCAUGGCGAUCAAAAGAGAGACAAGGCAUCUUUUCUUUUAGAGGUCAUCGAGCACGUUCAGUUUCUACAGGAGAAAGUACAGAAAUAUGAAGGAUCAUACCAAGGAUGGAACCACGAACAUGCAAAACUGGGGCCAUGGAGAAACAAUAGUAGGCCUGUGGAAAGUUCUGUUGACCAGUCUCGAGGCGUGAAUAGUGGUGUUGGUCCUGCAUUAUUGUUUGCUGCAAAUUUAGAUGAGAAAAACAUAACCAUUUCUCCUUCCAUUAAUCCUGGAGGAGCACGGAAUGCAGUCGAAUCUAAUAUGAGCUCUGCUAGUACCUUCAAUGCAAUGGAUCACCAUCCGAACCUCGGAAUAACAAAUAAAGCAAUGCCAUUUCCUAUCUCGCUGCAGCCGAACCUCUUCCAUCCUGGCAGGAUCGCAGGUGCAGCAGCACAGUUUCCACCCCGACUGGCAUUUGAUGCGGAGAACACGGCAACUCAACCUCAACCAUGCCAUGCAAUAUCAUGUACCUCUGACGGGGCUGUUGCUAGUGAUAAGCUGAAACAACAGAAUCUGACUGUUGAAGGUGGUACAAUCAGCAUCUCUACCGCGUACUCUCAAGGGUUGUUAAAUACUUUGACGCAAGCUUUACAGAGUUCUGGAGUAGACUUGUCUCAGGCCACCAUCUCAGUGCAGAUAGAGCUCGGGAAAAAAGGGAAUAGUAGACAAACUGCGCCAACAUCCAUUGUUAAGGAUAAUAACGUCCCCCCUAGCAAUCAAGGCACAAUACGUUCAAGAGUUUCAAGCGGUGAAGAAUCUGAUCAAGCCCUGAAGAAGCUCAAGACAAGUAAAGGAUAGAGCAACAGUUGCAUAAUUUUGUUCUUUUUUUUUUUACUUGAUUUUUUCAUUUUUUGUUACCCUGUCCUAUCAUGGGGUUAAUUCAUGUCUUCUCCUGGCUUAUAAAAACUGCCCAGUUGAGACUGAGAUGACUGUACAUGUAGUUGCUUUCAUUUUGAUGGAAUGCACAGAAAUCCUAGCACACAUAUAUGUAAUUUUUUCCUCCUUUUGUGCAUCGUUAUAUUCA